AUGGCAUCAACACGCAUGUCGCCCGGCGGGGCCCUCCUACGAGCCUCCCGAGUCUUCGCGAUUCCCACCUCGCUCCCCCGACCCAACGGCAAACUCUCUUCACAAGCAGUCUUCGGUUCCGACACGGCGACGCUCCCCCAUCCCAUCCAUCAAUCCAUCACCACGCCCACAUCCUCGCUCGCCAAAGGCGAUUGGGGCUUCAAACGUCCCCUGCCAUUGCGAGCCACCAUGCGCACAUCUACCCCCGUCAUCCGCGUCGAAGCUAUCGAUACCUUUGAACACAUCACCGAGUUUAAUUCAGCCGCCGAUCACACGUUGACGUUGCAGAAAUGGCAGGAAAUGAAUAUUCCAAUUUCGACGCCGAAACCGAGUCGAAUGGACCAGCCGUCGAGGGACCAGCUAAUUCCUCGUCACCGCAGUGUCUUUGAAGAUACUAUCGACUCGACGGUCGUUCGAAACGAUGAUCUCAACCUGGCAUCCAUAGGCCAGGGCAGCGAAGACACGCGCUGGAAGUUUUCAGGCCCAUGGCUCGCGGGGCUCACCAAGGGCGAAUUCCAAAAAUAUAUGGCAAACGAGGUGGGCACGAAAGUCACCGACUUUAGACAAUUUCUCAGAGAAUGCUGUGCGCUGAAUCUAACGAGUGAGGCUCGUGAGAAAGCUCGUGCGGAAGCUAGUGAGAAUGUGCAUGCACAUGAUGAAGGCCUGGUGAAUCUCCCCAAUAUCACAUACUCCGUCGACGAUAUUUCCGAAGAACAAUUAUCAUCAUACAUCCGACGAGUCCGCCGAGAUCCCACGAUGCUCAAUCGGCAAGUCCGCGCCUUUCUCGAUCUGGCGCCCUCGCCCGCACCCAAACCCGACGACGGCGACGGCGACGUCGAUUAUGAUAUAUUAGGAGUCCCACGCAAACGCGCCGUCGCCGUCGAAGUUUCCACAUCUCCAUAUGCGGAAUCUGGUCCACCGAAAACCCAUCCUUCAGCCGGUCUAUCCUACGGACGAAGUAGCAGCUGGAUCUACAACCACGCGCUCUACGGGCCACAACAAUAUCCCCCACCCAUCGAAGCCCGAAUCGUCAUGCCCAAAAACGCACACGGAUCGCACCCCGUUCUUGGUGUUGGAGGUGUAGUGGCCAACAUUCCCAUGGGAUUCCCAGUGUUUGAUUUGCGACCUGGUGGUGGAGGUUUUAGUCUCGCCAGACCAAGCGAGCCGAUUGGGGGAUUGUUGUAUGUCGAGCCUGAGAAAAUUGGAGGCUCGAAAACGUAUGUGGAGUUGAAACAUGCAUUUGUGAAUGCGAAGGGUAAUAUGGUCCUGUCGGUGGUGCCGGCGGAUAAAGAGGCAGUGGCGGUUAAGGAGGAUAGGGUGGAUGAGAUUCCUGAACGCUUGGCGAGGCCUUAUGUACCGGCGGCGAGAUUGAGGCCUCAGACAGUGCAGAAGGGGAGUGGUGAGGGGUAUGGGUUGUGGUAG